AUGUCCUUGAAGAAUAGCAACAAGGUCACCGACAAGGACCUAGCCGAGCAGACGUCAUAUGAGUCAACAUCCAGUCAUUCUCAAGACCCAAAUUCAACACCCUCCACCUAUCGUUCAAUCUUUCACUAUCUUGCGAUUGCAUCCAAAAAGCUCGAUGCUUUGGGUGUUGAAACUAGAGGAAUUGAACGUAUAGAGCCUUACGAACGUUCCACGAACCGUACCAGACAAUUAAUCAGUGUUAUUGGAUUAUGGUUAUCUGCCUGUGGUGGGUUAUCAUCAAUGUCAUCAUUCUAUUUAGGUCCAUUAUUAUUCGGAUUAGGUUUGAGGAAUACAUUAAUCUCUGGUCUUAUUGGAGAAGUCUUAGGUUGUGCUAUAGCAGCUUAUUGUUCUCUUAUGGGACCAAGAUCCGGAUGUAGACAGAUGGUGGGUGCUAGAUUUUUAUUUGGAUGGUGGUCGGUGAAAUUGGUAGCAUUAGUCAGUAUUAUUGGUGUUAUGGGUUGGUCAGUUGUUAACUGUGUUGUUGGUGGACAGAUUAUUGCAUCUUUAUCUAACGAGAAAGUGCCGUUAUGGGCCGGGAUUGUUAUUAUCGCGGGUAUUUCAUUGAUUGUUGCCGUUGGUGGUAUUAAACAAUUGCUAAGAGUUGAAACUUUCUUGAGUUUACCGGUUAACUUUGCAUUCUUGUUAUUAUAUGUUGUCGCAGCAAAAAAAUUCCUGUAUUUAACUUUAGAUGAUGUUAUUCAAGAUAGCGCAACCGUUAAAGGAAACUGGUUAACCUUUUUUUCAUUAUGUUAUUCAAUUACAUCUACUUGGGGAUCGAUCGCAUCCGAUUAUUACAUCUUAUUCCCUGAAAAUACUCCAGAUUGGGAAAUCUUCACCAUUACAUUCUUUGGUAUCGCCAUCCCAACUACAUUUGUCGGGGUUGCUGGUAUUUUGAUUGGUAAUGUUGCACUUACAUAUAAACCGUGGGGAGAUGCUUAUGCCAACUUAGGUAUGGGUGGUCUUUUACAUGAAGCAUUCAAACCUUGGGGCGGAGGCGGUAAAUUCUUAUUAGUAUUAAUUUACCUUUCAUUGGUUUCAAACAAUAUUUUAAAUACUUAUUCAGCUGCUUUCGGUGUUCAAUUAGCAGGAAGAUGGUUAGCCAAAAUUCCAAGAUGGCUUUGGGCUUUUGUCUUAACUGCAGUUUAUUUAAUUUGUGCCUUGGUUGGUAGAAAUCAAUUUGCAACCAUUUUAGGUAAUUUCUUACCUAUGGUUGGUUACUGGAUUUCCAUGUAUUUCAUUUUAUUACUUGAAGAAAACACAAUUUUCAGAACGGAUAGAUUUAAAUACUUAUAUACCGCAGAAUUCCCUCCAGAAGAAACAAAGGAAGAUAGUACUGCAAGAUUUGCUACUGCAGAAUUGCGUCGUAACCAACAUUAUAAUUUCGCAAUUUGGAAUGAUUAUGACAAAUUAUCAAGAGGUUUAGCUGCGACUGCCUCAUUUAUAAUCGGUGCCACUGGUGCUGCCGUUGGGAUGUCGCAAACAUAUUGGAUCGGACCAGUUGCUAGAAGAGUUGGAGGUGAGUAUGGAGGUGAUAUUGCCAUGUGGUUAUGUAUGGGUUUCAGUGGUUUAGUAUUUCCUCCAUUACGUUAUUGGGAAUUAAAGAAGUAUGGUCGUUAA